CGUCUCAGGUUACAAAGGUGCUGGGAUUACAGGCUUGAGCCUCUACACCUGGCCCUAAAACCUCUGUGUUUUUCCAGAUAUUAAACAUGCUUCUUGUUUGAGGAAAAAAAAAAAGUCUUAACAAUAACGUAGGAGAAUAAGAGAAACGUUUUUCCAAAAAAGAGAAAUCAUUGUGAUUAUCUUAUUGGAAUGUUGAAUAAUAUAGUCUGCUUCAUUAAUCAUCAAGCAUGCUAUGGAUUUUCCAUUUUUAUAAGAUCUGUAUCUCAGUUCAGGUAAUACUGAUAAUUUUGUACUGUAUUUGAAGAUAAAAAUAUAGGCCAAAACCAUAGACCUUGCAUAGAAACUGGGUAAUGAAGACAGCUCUAGAUAAACACAUAGAUACACACACACAGACACACAUCUAUAUAUAAAGUAUGCACACAUAUAUUUUUUAAAGUUUUAAAGCUUUUAAAGCAAAAGCUGGCCUCUUCCCUCUCCCAGAGUGGGCAGCCCCUCCUCUCUUUCAGAGUGGGCGGGAACAGCAGGUGCAUGAGUAGCUUUCCUUAUGAGCCAGGGGUCCUUCUGGACACACUGCUGCCUGGCCACGCCCCUUUCCCUUUCAUGGUUCUCCUUGACCAAUAGGCUUGGAGCAUUAAGGCCACGCCCCUAUUCUACAUUCUACUGGUGCCCUGGUUACCACUCCUGUGGCUCAGUCACACAGCUGCCUGGUAGGUGACUGGAGGUCUUGAUCAGUGCUCACUGGGAUUUCGCUGUUGUGGCCCCAACCCCACCUCCCUUUCCCGCCCCACGAUGGCAGAAGAAACUCCACAGAACAGAUUGGCCGCAGCCAAGAAAAAGUUAAAAGAAUAUUGGCAGAGAAACAGCCCUGCUGUUCCAGCAGAAGCAAAGAGGAACAGGAAAACAAAUGGCAGUAGCCCUGAGACAUCCACUUCUGCUGGUUGCCACUCAGCUCGGGAUAGCCCGUGCCAAGAACAAGCGGUAGUCCUUGACUCGAGGUCCGUCAAAAUCAGUCGACUGAAUAACACAAUCAAAUCUUUGGAACAACAGAAGAAACAAGUGGAACAUCAGCUGGAAGAAGAAAAGAAGGCAAACAACGAGAAACAGAAAGCCAAAAGGGAGCUAGAGGUUCAAAUCCAGAGAUUGAACGUACAGAAAAAGAAACUAAUUAUUGACGUGUAUCGCACGAAACGCUCUCUCAUAUACUUUGAAGAAGAGUCGAAGGAUCUGGCUGCCCGCCUGCAACGUUCAUCGCAGCGUACGGAAGAGUUAGAGCGGGCUCUGUCUGCUGUCACCGCCACACAGAAGAAGGCGGCGGACAAGUCCUCGAGCCGCAGUGAAACACCUCUCAAGACGCAGUUAGAGCGGUCCUUACAGGAGCGGGCACUGCUGAAAGCGCACGUGACACAGGUGAAGGAAUCGCUGAAGCUAGUACAGCUACAGAGAGAUGAAUAUGCUGAACAUAUAAAAGCAGAGAGGGCCCAGUGGCAGGAGACGAUGAGGAAAAUGUCCCAGGAGCUUUGCACCUUAAAGAAGGAGAAGCUGCAUGACAUGCAUCGGGUGGAGGAGCUGGAGAGAAGCUUAUCCCAACUCAAACACCAGAUGGCUGAACCCCAGCCCCCGGAGCCCCCAGCAGUGCCCCACGAGGAGGAGCUGCAGCACCUGAGGAAGGAACUAGAGAGGGUGUCAGCAGAGCUCCAGGCCCACGUGGAAAACCAUCAACACAACAAUGAGAACAAGAGCGCACGGCACUUGGAGCAGGAAGUCGAAGAGCUGCAGGAGAAGCUGGGCCAGGUGAAUGAGACAGGAACCUCGACCCAGAAGGAGCCAGAGGCAGCGGUCCCAGCCCCAGGGACUGGGGGCGAGUCUGUGAGUGGGGAGACCCCCCAGGCCCUGCAGGAAGUCAUGGAGAAGCUGGAGAGCGGCCUUAUGGACCUCCUGGAGGAGAAGGCGGACCUGAGGGAGCGUGUGGAGAAACUAGAACAUCGAUUCACGCAGUACUGGAGGGAGAGAUGCCAUCAGAAAAUUAAACACCUCAUAACGGAGCCAGAGGGCCGUGCCACAGAGGCCACACCGGGAGGAGGACAUCAUCAGGCUGGCCCAAGACGACGAGAUGAAGGUGGAGCUGCUAGAGCUGCAGGAGUUGCUGUUGCGGCUGGUGCUGACCGCAACAAAGGGCACAGAAAAUUCCUGGCCGCUGCCCAGAGCCCUGAUAAUGAGCCCGGUCCAGGAGCCCCACCCCCCCAGGAGCUCGGGGCUGCCCACAAGCAUGGUGAUCUUUGUGAGCUGAGCCCCAGCGACAGCGCCGGGACUGGGCAAGGAGUGGCCACGGAGGGGUCUCCCCACGACAACCCCACUGCACAGCCCAUCGCGCAGGAGCACCAGGAGCACCAGGAGCACCCAGGCUUGGGCAGCAACCGCUGCGUGCCAUUCUUUUGCUGGGCUUGGCUGCGGAGAAGAAGGAGAUAAACAUCACCGUCAUCAAAGAGCUGAUCAAGACAUUUUUUAAAAAGAAAGUUGUGGGGUUGAUCUCCUACACAAUUCAUUUACUUCAUUCGAAUGUUAGAGCUAUUCAUGUUUAUUUGUGUUUCUAAUUUAUACUUUAAGUUUAUUUGUAAAAAGUUAAAAGAGAGUGGGUCUCUGUGGCCUUCACUGAGGUUCACUCUGGCAUCCUUUAGCAUUUUUCGUUUUUAAUUUCAUAAUUGUAGGUCAUUAGCAUGCAUAUCGAGUUCGCCCUUACGUGGUGGGAAUUCAAACACCCAAAGACCCACUGUUUGCACAAAACUGUUCUCGCUGGUUUGGAACAGGCUGCCAUGCUUUUUUAAUGUUAUUGCAGCAUAUAUGUUCAUUACAGAAUUCAGAUAAAAUUUGCUUAUAUUCUGCUAUUAUGUUGGAUCUCAUCUUAAUCACAGUGAGCUCUUCAUUAGCUCAAUAUGUGGUUUGCCCUCAAGUGUGCACUCUUGAUUACUUUGUACUAUAUGCCACCAUGAGUACUGACAUUAGAGUUGUUUAAAGUCCGAGAACUGGAAACAGCUUUUCCCCCAUUUUCUGUGUGAAACGGUGGGAAGGAAAAGUAGAGAAAGAAAUGCCAAUUCUAGCCUAAAACUUUAUUUGCCAAGUUUUCUUAGAAUGAAUUUUACCAAUUUAUGAAUUCUUGUAAACAGAAUUUAUACUGGAAAUACUGAAAGACUUUUCCCCUAAAGUGACAUUAUUGACUGCUGGUGUGAUGCUACUCUAAUGUAAUAAAUGAUUAAGUUGUUGCGAA